UCAAAUGCAGUUUUCAAUUAAAGGCCUUGACUGGUCUAGUGGCUGACCGGUAGGGAUCAUUUCAGCGCCGGAAGUAAAUACGUAAUACCAAAUUUAUUAAAUUGUCGUGAAAGGCUGACUAUAAACGAGGGUAUUUUAAGCGUAGAAAAUUAUUUUUACUAAUGCCGCAUUGUGACAGUGUUAUUACUGGCCUCUGUUUCGCUCAAGUGAUCUUCUGACAUUUGUCCACCACAUCUUGUGAAGUGUGCUACUUAUAAUAAUAACAAACUUAAUUCCUCACCUUGUACCAAUAUCCAAGCUAUCCAAUAUCCAAUUAUCCUUGAAUGAUUCGCGCCCUCCAACCUCGAAAUAUCCGUUAUCCGGGCCAACAUCUCGUCCUCCAACCUCCAAUAUCCAUGAAAAAUUUUCGCCCUCCAACCUCCAUGAAAAAUUUUGGCCCUCCAACCUCCAAUAUCCAUGAUACCCGCCGAACUCUGCAUCGUGGACGGUCACAAAAUUGAGGCUUGCCAACCAUACUAGUCUCCUUAACCAUGCUGACUGGACGACGCGAGCGAAGUUUUCUGCCAAUAAUUCUGUCAAUGGGAAUUUUAUUUGUGUUUGGAUUCGUCUAUGUGCUAAAUUUUAGUGCAUACUCUUCCUACCCGAGCAACAUACUAGAGUACAGAUUGUCGAGUCUAACCGGGCUUGAUGUCAAUGACCGUAAUGAAACUGAUGCCCAUGGGUCCAUGACCGAUGCCGGACCUCGUAGCGAAGUUUCUCGCAAUUUAUCUUACAACGAAAUGUACAAUGAAGAAGCACAUCGCUUGUCCAAGAAGGUAAAAGUUCUAUGUUGGAUUAUGACAAAUCCAGUAAAUCACGAGACAAAGGCGGUCCACGUGCAGCGAACCUGGGGAAAAAGAUGUGACAAACUUCUAUUUAUGAGUUCUACAGCAGAUCCAAAACUACCAAGCAUUGCACUUCCAAACGUCAAAGAAGGACGAGAUUUUUUGUGGGCAAAAACGAAGGAAGCUUUCAAAUAUGUAUAUAAACAUCAUUUUGGUGACGCCGAUUGGUUCAUGAAGGCCGACGAUGACACGUACGUCAUUAUGGAAAAUCUUCGCUUCCUCUUGAGAGACAUUGAUCCUCAAUAUCCCAUUUAUUUUGGGUGCAAGUUUAAACCUCAUGUUAAACAGGGUUAUAUGAGUGGUGGGGCAGGGUAUGUUCUUAGCAAGGAAGCUCUCAGAAGAUUUGUUGAGGAUGCUCUUCCAAAUGGUGCUAAAUGCAGAAUGGAUCACAAAGGCUCCGAGGAUGUAGAAAUGGGAAAAUGUAUGGUGAACGUGGGCGUGGAAGCUGGAGAUUCCCGAGAUCAUUUAGGCCGCUAUCGUUUCCUACCCUUUCUUCCAGAGCGUUAUAUUGGUCAUACUCCUGCUAACGAAUCUCAUGGGCACUGGGAGUAUAUGUACUAUCCUCAGGAAGAGGGUCUGGGCUGCUGCAGUGAUACUGCAAUCUCAUUCCAUUACGUUAAUCCGAAUCAGAUGUAUGUAUUCGGUGAGAAUAAAGUCAAACAAUUUUUAUUGUCUAGUGUUUUACAUGCAAUUCGAAAGUGGAUGCGGCUAAACUCAGAUUUCGAUGGGACCACGUUCUAUUUUCUCUACGACAAGAAACAGACCUGCAUUUUUGUAGUUUUGUUUUACCUUAACCUGUAGCGUAAGUUUGAAAACAUUUUUAACCAAUUGGUUUUCGAAGCCCUGUGUAAACAAUCAGCCGUUUCAAAGUUUUUUAGUUUAUAAAAUUGUGUACUACGUUUUAAAUUUUGGAACACAAUUUCAAAAACACAUUUAAAAAUGUUUACAAAGGUUGACUGUUCGAUUAAAAAAAACAUAUUUACAAAUCUCUAGACGAGAAUUUUUCCAGUUUGGCUGAAAAAUAUUUAAAUAUAAAAACAUGCGAGUGACAAUUAUUUUGUAGCUGAGUAAAUAAAAUUUGGUCGGGUAGAAAUCUGAACUACGCCGAAACACAUUUGCAUGGUUGUUACUGUUUUGAAAUGCUAAUUUUCGUUAAGUUAUAUUUUCAGAGUAUUUAAUUUAUCAUGUGAGGCCAUUUGGGAUCGCAACGCAUUUCCAUGAUCCCACAGAAGAUAUCAAUGAACCGGAUAGUAGCACAACUUCCCUUCAUGCAGUCAAAUAAUUGAAAGCUAUCUAAUCCAUCAAACGAAUGCAGCAGAAUAAUUGUCAAACCAUAAUUUAUUAUUUUCCAUCCAGUAAUAGUGAAAUUACAUAUACUUACAUGAUAAUGUUUAAGUCCUUUUACAAUUUUCUAAAUGAUGAUGAUAAUAAUAAUACUUACGAAUACAAUGUAUGUUCCAAUGAAUAAACAAAAUGUAUGAGCAAAUGCA